ACCAACCAAUGUUGUGGUCACUAGGAUGACCUAAGUCAGCCUCCUCCCUCGGGCUGAUGCUGUGAUGAAGAUUGCUGUGUCACAUGCAUUCCGUCAGUGAACCUUACAUGACCAAUCUCAGCAGGUGAGAGGAAUGGAUGAAAAGAGUGAAAAAAGGGCCAGGAUCCUGUGGGACUACCUCUGUCUGCGUCAGCCUCUGGAAAAAAGUGACGUGAUAAUCGGCCUAGGGUGUCAUGACCUGCGGGUUGCUGAGAGGUCAGCAGCACUCUUUUUGGAAGGAUGGGCUCCCCUUCUGCUCUUUACAGGCAACCUGGGCAAACAGACUGCAGGCGUGUGGACGAGACCAGAGGCUGACAUUUUUCUGGAUGUGGCUCUACAUAUGGGGGUUCCAAGGAUGAACAUCUUGCUGGAGACUGAAGCUACUAACAAUGGAGAGAAUAUUUGCUUCUCUCACAGAGUUCUAAAGGAGAGGAACAUCCGAGUCUCCAGUGUUAUCCUAGUACAGCAGCCUUUCAUGGAACGAAGGGUUUAUGCCACCUUUAUGCGUCAGUGGCCUGGCUGCGGAAAGCUCACACAUGCCAUCGUGACAUCACCCCAGUUAGGCAUCCUUGAAUACCCUCACCCAACUGUGGGCACAGCCUCUGAUCUCAUUUGUUAUAUGCUUGGUGUGGUGGAGAGAAUUCGAGACUAUCCUCGUAAAGGCUUCCAGGUGGCACAGCAGCUCCCUCCCAUUGUCUUGUCUGCAUAUCAGUGGUUCUUCCAAGCUGGCUACAGCCCCAAGUAAACAACACAUACUGUAUUUACUGUUUCUAAGACUGCAGGUUAUAAUUAAAUCCGCAAUUUAGUGAUUU